AUGGGACCGCAAAGAAAUAAUAUGGCAUUAUUGGAAAUUGUCGAUUUACCAACCGAACCUUUACCACCAAACAUAGAAUUAUCGAUGAUAUUAAGUCGUGUCGAACCAUAUACUUCAACCUGUUCUGCGGGUAUAAGUAACAAUUUGACGAAUCAAUCAUAUGAUCCAAUGACGGAUAUACCACUAUCCAUUGAAACGGGAGAGCUGGAAUCAUCUAACCAGCAGAGUGUUGUCGACAUAGCGAAUGCAGCUAUGGUGAGUAGAAAAAAGGAAAAUUAUUUGUUGUAUGGUAUUAUUUGUGUAUUUCAUUACAGUCAGAUUAAAAGAUCGAAGUUAUUGAAAUCACCAUUAACAUAA